AUGUCGAUGUUUUCCCGCUGGGAUACGAAUGAUGGUGAUUCUGGCGGUUCGGGCGGCUGCAAGGACGAGCCGGGGGUUAGCGAGCGUGAUUCUGAUGCGAAUGAUGGUGAUUCUGUUAAGGAGCUCCGCGAUUCGCUCUUUCUGACGGCGUGCGACAACGUGCCGCUGGAGGCGCUAGAGAUUGGUUCGCAGGCGCGCGAACCUGGUGACGUGUACGACGUUCUUCCGCUGCUGGCGAUGCCCCUGCGACUGCUGGGAUCCGGGCGAAACAGCAUGCCGAUUUCGUGGAGGAUUGUAACCAUCGCGGCGGACGACGAGUUGGUGACGAGCGGGCAGCUGAAACAUUACCUGCGCGAUUUGUUGGAUCGCGUUCGCGAGUGGGCGAAAGAAUUGGAAUUCUUUGGCGAAAUCGCGGCACCAGGUCGCUCCCCCAGUCCCUGCUUCGGCGCCUCCCCCUCUCCCUCCCCCGCGGAAGCAGUGGAGGCGGGGAGAAGAAAAUCGGGUGAUCAAGACUCGAAAACUAAGAGCCAGGAGAGGGAAGCGUGGGGUGGCAGAAGCGGAGGAGGAACCCUGAUCCGUGGAAGUCAAUCCGGACUUGAAGACUCGAGACCUAAGGGCCAGGAGAGAGAAGCGUGGGGCGGCAGAAGCGGAGGAGGAACCCUGAUCCGAAUCUCACGAAUGGACGGUCGAGGUUCGAUGAUCGGACACGUGACGCUAGGAACAGAGGAAUGGGGAAUGUCUGCGAGGGAAGAAGACGAAGCAGAGCGAGCGGAGCAGGCAGCAAGGCAAGCGAGGGAAGCGGAGCAGACGGAGCAAGCAAAGGAAGCGGAGCAAACGGUGCUGCAUGCGCACAGCACAUGGCGAAUCCUCUGUGCCACCCUGCGCAAGCCUGUUCUCAAACGCACGGAGAAACACCUCGAAAGCUCGCACCUGCCCGAGAAACAGCAGGGCAGCUCGCACCUGCCUGAGAAAGAUCAUGGCAGCUCACACCUGCCCGAGAAACAUCAUGGGAGGUUGCACCUGUUUAAGAGACACCAUGACAGCUCGCACCUGCCCGAGAAGCACCAUGGUGGAUUGCACCUGUUCAAGAAACACCACAGCAGCUCUCACCUGCCCGAGAAACAACAUAGCAGCUCACACCUGCCCGAGAAUGAUCAUGACAGCUCGCAUCUGCCCGAGAAACACCAUGGCGGCUUGCACCUGUUCAAGAAACACCACAGCAGCUCUCACCUGCCCGAGAAACAACAUAGCAGCUCACACCUGCCCGAGAAUGAUCAUGACAGCUCGCAUCUGCCCGAGAAACACCAUGGCGGCUUGCACCUGUUCAAGAAACACCACAGCAGCUCUCACCUGCCCGAGAAACACCAUGGCAGCUCACACCUGCCCGAGAAUGAUCAUGACAGCUCGCAUAUGCCCGAGAAACACCAUGGCGGCUUGCACCUGUUCAAGAAACACCACAGCAGCUCUCACCUGCCCGAGAAACAUCAUGACAGUUCUCAUCUGCCCGAGAAACACCACGACAGCUCUCACCUGCCCGAGAAACAUCAUGGCAGCUUGCACCUGUUCAAGAAACACCACGGCAGCUCGCACCUGCCCGAGAAACAGCGGCAGCAGGAGGAGGAGGAGCAGCAGAAGGAGCAGCAGGAUGGGAUUUCCCACAGGCCUGAACCUUCAUCCCGUUCCUCCAACUCUCUGCCGGUUCCCUCUUGGUCCUUCCCUUCCUCUCCCUCUUCUUCCCCCUCUUCCUCUCCCGCUCUUUCUCCCUCCUCCUCUCCCUUGCGCUCUCCAUCUGCUCUGCACUCAAGCUCCGACCGUCCCUCGCCUUCAGCCUCGUUUAAGUUAGAUUCGUUAUCGUCUAAGGCUGCUCCGUUACCAUUCAAGGCUGCGGGCUCCAGCCGGGCGGCGUACCAAAUCCACCAGAGCAGAUCCGAAUCGAAUCUCAGCGACACGGGCGUGUGGAGGCUGAUUGCUCCCCCCGAGAGCUAUGGGCUUCCGGGGUUGGUGUCUGGUAGGCUGGGAGGGGAUGGGGGAGGAGGAGGUGGAGGAGGAGGAGGAGGAAAAAGAGGAGGGGGAGGGGAAGGGAGAGGAGGAGGAGGAGGAGGAGGGGUAAGAGCAUCGCAACCCCCUUCAGUUGCUUCGGGAUCGGUCCGCCUCUCCCCUCUUGGAGCCCUCGCUUUCUCGCCUCAACAGCUAACCAGCGCCAUGUGCUACCACAUGCAUCUCACCGCUGUGCGCCCCUUUGGCGCCUUCUGGACCGCAUCCCACUACUGCCUCGUGCUGCCCUGCUUGGGGGAGGGAGGAGGGGACGAAAGAGGCAAAGGGACAGCCGCAGACUUGCGAGAGGCUGAUGGGAGAGGGAAGGAAGGGAGAGGGACGAAUGCAGGCAAGGAAGGCGAAGGGGUGGAUGGAGGGGAGCGCGGGAGAGGGGAUGAUGAUAUGAUGCGCAUGUUGAUGCGGAGAAUCGACUGGGGAAUGGUGGACAAGGUGUUGUCUCUGGGAGGCAGUAGUGCGGCCUUGAAAGGCCGUGCACGUGCUGCUUCUGGUGAUGCUGAUGGUGCUGAUGUUGGUGGUGGUGCCGCUGCUGCUGCUGCUGCUGCUGCUGCUGCUGCUGCUGCUGCUGCUGCUGCUGCUGCUGCUGCUGCUGGUGGUGAUGCUGCUGCUCCUGCUGGUGAUGCUGCUGCUGUUCCAAACACCACUCAGGAUGUCCCUGCUACCACGCCCUUGCUCGUGUGUGCGCGUGGGCCUGUGGACGAACGGGAUCUGGAUGGCAUGGUGGCAUGCGCAGAUGCUGCUGCUCCAAGCAAUGCCCCUGCUACCACGCCCUUGCUCGUGUGUGCGCGUGGGCCUGUGGGCGAACGGGAUCUGCACGGCAUGGUGGCAUGUGCGGUGCACUCGCGUCUGGUGUACCAGUUAGUGGGGAGGGAUCCGGAAGGGAGGACAGCACGCAGUGAGUUCGUGGGGCCGCAGGGAGGGACGUUCCAACACUACUUCCAGAAUCACCCCGUUGUUCGAGUGGAGCAAUCUUGUCUCUGUGCCGUCCCAACUGCUGCUGCACACGCUCUGCCGCAUUCUUCUAAGGUACGGCAUAUCGCUGCAGCAUCCCGACCAGCCCCUGUUCGCUGCAUGCCAGUUGAAGCCAGAGCUGCGCAAUGCACUGCUGCUGCUGCAGGCACCACCAGAAUCCAGACCUACCAAACCGCUCCCCACCCUUUCCCACCCCCCUGCUCGUCUGCCUUCCAAAGCUGUGGUGGUGGCGAGCGCAGGGAGGGUCAGCAGCAGCAGGAACCGCAUUUUCCUGCUAUUGAUCUCCUGCGUGCCCUGACAUGCCCCGGCACAACAGAGAGCGGCGUGGGCACGUACGAGAGCGACGAGGUGCUUGGUGACAGCUGCGUGCAGCUCGCCGCCUCCUGCCACCUGUUCGCCACUAGCUUGCCACGUCAGCCGCCACAUGGCGGGCAUGGGCAUGGGCAGAGUGAUGGGAGCAACGACUCAGCAGCAUACACUGAGAGAAAUGCCUCGAUGCCAUCACAUGCGCUGCACAGCCAGCCUACCCAGCCGACAUAUGAUGACAUGAAGGGGCAGUGCGUGAAGCUGGUGUCAAACAAGCACCUGGCAGCGCUGGCAGUUAAAGCCGGAGUGCCUGCACUCGUCCGCUGCAAGCCCUUCAGACCCUCCGACUGGAUGGGCCCUCUCGUCCCCUCCUCCCACGCUGUGCUGCUUCUGGCUGACUCGCUCUCUCACUCACUCCCCCCACCACACUCGCUUUCAGAACCCCUCGCACACACUCAGGUACAAGCAACAGCGUCUCCUCCUUCAUCCCCAUCUCGAGCUUCCCAGAACCUUCCUCCUAGCCCGAAAGCCCUUAUGGACUCUGCUUUCGCCUCGCUGGCAGCGGCGCAGGCAGCAGCCGCCGCCAAGUCAGCGCGCCAGCUGGGCAAGAAGACGCUCGCUGACGUGGCAGAGGCCCUGGUGGGCGCCAGCUGGCGAUGCGGCGGUGCUGACAUGGCGCUGCCGGUGCUGAGGUGGCUGGGCCUGCCUACGGAAGGCGUGGGGGAGCUGCUGAGGGGAGAGAUGACGUGGAGGGGGACAGGGGCGGAGGGAAUGGUGAUGGGAAGGGGGGAGGGGAUGGUGGAGGGAGGCGUUGAGGGAGUGGCAGAGGAAGGAGAUGCGAUGGUGUACCAGUUUCACGAUGAGGGGAUACUGAGGGAGGCGAUAAGGGAGGGGGAGUUGAGGUGGGAGAGGCGGUUUGUGUUCCUGGGGGAAGCUGUGCUGGACUUUCUUCUCAUGCACCACAUGGUGCGAGCAACAUUUGGGGCGGCCCAUUCUCCUGCUGCCACGUCACCACAUGCCACGUCAUCGCACGCCCCCCGGCCGUCCCCGCAUCAGCUGACGAACCUGCGCAAGGCGGUGAUUCACUCGGAGCGGUUCUGCCAGCUGGCGGCGUGCCGUGGGCUGCUGCGAUUGGUGCGCAGGAUACAGCGGGCGGCGAAGGCUGCUGCUGAGAGGGCUGCUAUGGAUGAUGCUGGGUCAGUUGAAAGGGCUGCGGAGAAGGGGAGUGAUGGGGACGUGCGGCAGAGGGAAGAAGAGGGAAAGAGUGAAAGGGAAGUUGCCAGUGGUUCUAGUCACGUGAAUCCUGCUCACACGGACUCCACUCACCUGCGUUCUGCUUCAGCAGUUCCCGCUCCCAUGGGAUCUGCUCCCAUGAACACUGGCCUGAUUGGUAAAAGAAGUCAUUGCAACGGCAUGGAGGCUGAUGGGGAUGACGAGGAUGGUGUUGAUGAUGGAGGGCAGAAGCCGUUUCCCAAGAACGUCUCUGAUCUCAUCAAGUCUCUCACGGCAGCAGUCUUCCUCGACUCCACUCCCCCAAACACCCCUCCCACCGCACUCGACCCCCGCGCACCUCCAUCUCUCCAUCCCCCGUGCCCUCUCACCCGCACGUGGCAAGUGGUUUCCUCCUGGCUGGUCUCUUUUGGCUAUGAUAUGAUGGUCUCUUUGGGCUAUGAUAUGAGGGCCUUUGAACUUGCUGGUGCUCGCAUGAAUCUCUACUGUGCAGGGCUUCAGGCAGCUGUACCAGCAGGCAGAGGGGAUGUGCGUGCAGGGGCAGGAAGAGGGGAUGUGCGUGCAGGGGCAGGAAGAGGGGAUGUGCGUGCAGGGGCAGGAAGAGGGGAUGUGCGUGCAGGGGCAGGAAGAGGGGAUGUGCGUGCAGGGGCAGGAAGAGGGGAUGUGCGUGCUGGGGCCCAGAAAUCACAUGGAGAACCAGAUGAUGCUGGCAUGACCUCUCUGCCCACUUGUCCCUCUCGACCCCGCCCCUUCGGUGUAUUUGGGUUCGUCUCAGACCGUGCACGGCUUCCGGCAGCUACGAUGCAGGGCUUCCGGCAGCUGUAUCAGGAGGCAGAGGGGGCGCGGACGAUGCAGGGCUUCCGGCAGCUGUAUCAGGAGGCAGAGGGAGCGCGCGUGCUGGGGGCUAUGAGAGCCGCAUGGGAGGCGCAGGCGGAGGAAGGAGAUGACGAAGGGCAGGGGAAGGAGGCAGGAGGAGAAGGCAUAGCAGGGAUGGACGUGGUUCUGCCUGAGAGUGGUUCUCAGAAGGGAGGAAUUAGUGAGUGUACUGGUGGGGAGCAGAAGACAGGAGGGAAGAAGAGGAAGCGAGGAAAGUCUGGAAAAGGGGUGGGGGUGGCAGCUGCAGCAGCAGCAGCAGCAGCUGGAGACACAGCGGCACUAGGAGGGAUUACGAUGGGUUUGGCUGCUCCGGACGCCCUGGUUGGGCCCCGAGGCUGUGAGCCAGGUCCGGCGGCUAUAUCUGCCCUGAAUCACACGUGCAUGGCGCGGCGAUGGACGGCAGUGUACAGUGAGAGAAUCAUAUCUCCAGCUGCACACAUUGAGGCUGCCUUAGGCAGUAACGGAUUGGAACAAGGUGGCGGCGCUAUUGGGAGCGCCCCUGCUGCUGCUGCUGCCAGAGUUGCUGGGGCCAUUCCAAUGGAUGGUGGUGGAUCUACCGAUGGUGGCGUAAUCAACGGUGGAGAUUCCACCGUUGGUCCCUCUACCAGCCUUGCUGCUUGUGGUGGUGGGGAGGCAGUUGUUGGUGGUGCCAGCUGUCAACCUGCUGGCGGAAAUACAAGUGCUCCCAGGUAUGUAACUUCUCAUGCCUUAGCCACCUUGUAG